AUCUUUGAAGGAAGCAAAGCUUCUAAAAAGUGGGCCUCGCCAAAUUGGCCAAUAGCUACUCCUUUUCUCGACUUGUGGGCGUUUGCACAGGGAAUGGGGAGGUGGCAGAUGCUUGCCAAUCAGAGUGGGCCAGGGCUGGCCGAUGGCAGACGGCGACCAAUAGACAAGGCUGGCCAGAGCGCGCUCCCUCAGUAGGUGGAUGGUGGUCGAAGCGCCGGUUCCUUGCUCUUGGUCGCCAUUUUGUGCUGCUGAUUGCGGCCGACGGGGAGUAGGUGGCAGUGAGUUUUCCGGGAAGGGCAGCGCGAUUGGCGCUUCUCCCUUCCCCCCCACCCCCGCCUUUCUGUUUCCAGCCUCGGACUUGAUUGUCGCGUGGACAGGCUCCAGCUGAGUUGGGAGGGUUGGCGGCGGUGGAGGCAGGCCGGGGUGAUGUCAGGGAGCCCUCCCUUGACAGCCCGGGCCGAAAAGGGAGUCUUCUUGCGACUGGCCCCAACCGACUUAACUAGAGUCGCUGCAGGAGGCAUCACCCAGGCUGGCAGAUCAUGGUGGCAGCAGUGGGGGUGGCUGGGAAGUAAAACGGAGCCAGCGGCUGAGGAGGGGCCCAAGUAGCCCCCGAAGGCCCUAUCAGGAUAUGGAGUAUGAAAGACGACAAUUACUUGGCACCUGUUGUGAGCCAGGACCUGUGUACUAGGCCCUGAAAGUACCGUGGUGAAUGAGACAGAUAAGAUUGCAGCCUUCUCCUUACUCAGGGUCUCACCAGGGAGAACACACAGUUUACAGCGGUGGCCGUGGAGACAGGACUGGCCGCUAUGGAGCCGCUGACCGUUCGCAGGAUGACAGUGGGGAAAACCGCAGCCGGGACCACGACUACCGGGACAUGGACUACCGCUCAUACCCCCGCGAAUAUGGCAGCCAGGAGGGCAAGCAUGACUAUGAUGACUCAUCCGAGGAGCAGAGUGCAGAGGAUUCCUACGAGGCCUCCCCGGGCUCCGAAACUCAGCGUAGGAGGCGGCGGCGGCACAGGCACAGCCCCACUGGCCCGCCAGGCUUCCCCCGAGACGGCGACUAUCGGGACCAGGACUAUCGGACCGAGCAAGGGGAGGAGGAGGAGGAGGAUGAGGAGGAGGAGGAGGAGGAGAAGGCCAGUAACAUCGUCAUGCUGAGGAUGCUGCCACAGGCAGCCACUGAGGAUGACAUCCGUGGCCAGCUGCAGUCCCAUGGCGUCCUUGCCCGGGAGGUCCGGCUGAUGCGGAACAAAUCCUCAGGUCAGAGCCGGGGCUUCGCCUUCGUCGAGUUUAGUCACUUGCAGGACGCUACACGAUGGAUGGAAGCCAAUCAGCACUCCCUCAACAUCCUGGGCCAGAAGGUAUCCAUGCACUACAGCGACCCCAAGCCCAAGAUCAAUGAGGACUGGCUAUGUAAUAAGUGUGGCGUCCAGAACUUCAAACGCCGCGAGAAGUGCUUCAAAUGUGGUGUGCCCAAGUCAGAGGCAGAGCAGAAGCUGCCCCUGGGCACGAGGCUGGAUCAGCAGACGCUUCCACUGGGAGGACGGGAGCUGAGCCAGGGCCUGCUCCCCCUGCCACAGCCCUAUCAGGCCCAGGGAGUGCUGGCCUCCCAAACCCUGUCACAGGGCUCAGAGCCAAGCUCGGAGAACGCCAACGACACCAUCAUUUUGCGCAACCUGAACCCACACAGCACCAUGGACUCUAUCCUGGGGGCCCUGGCACCCUACGCAGUGCUAUCCUCCUCCAAUGUACGCGUCAUCAAGGACAAGCAGACCCAACUGAACCGUGGCUUCGCCUUCAUCCAGCUCUCCACCAUCGUGGAGGCAGCCCAGCUGCUGCAGAUCCUGCAGGCCCUGCACCCGCCGCUCACCAUCGAUGGCAAGACCAUCAAUGUUGAAUUUGCCAAGGGUUCUAAGAGGGACAUGGCCUCCAAUGAGGGCAGUCGCAUCAAUGCUGCCUCUGUGGCCAGCACUGCUAUCGCUGCGGCCCAGUGGGCCAUCUCACAGGCCUCCCAGGGUGGGGAGGGUGCCUGGGCCACCCCCGAGGAGCCACCGGUCGACUACAGCUACUACCAACAGGAUGAGGGCUAUGGCGGCAGCCAGGGCACAGAGUCCUCCCUCUAUGCCCAUGGCUACCUCAAGGGCACCAAGGGCCCCAGCGUCACUGGAACCAAAGGGGAUGCAGCUGGAGCAGGCACUGAGGCCUCCCUGGAGCCUGGAGCGGACUCUGUGUCACUGCAGGGUUUCUCCCGUGCCCAACCUGGUGCCACCCCUGGCAUCUACCAGCAGUCAGCAACCGAGGCAAGCAGCAGCCAAGGCGCUGCUGCCAACAGCCAGUCAUACACCAUCAUAUCACCUGCUGUGCUCAAGUCUGAGCUGCAGAGCCCUAACCAUCCCAGCUCUACCCUGCCGCCAGCCACCAGCCCCACUUCCCAGGAGUCCUAUAGCCAGUACCCUGUUCCUGACGUCUCCACCUACCAGUACGAUGAGACAUCCGGCUACUACUAUGAUCCUCAGACUGGCCUCUACUAUGACCCCAACUCUCAGUAUUACUACAAUGCUCAGAGCCAGCAGUACCUGUACUGGGAUGGGGAAAGGCGGACCUACGUUCCUGCCCUGGAGCAGUCAGCCGACGGGCAUAAGGAGACAGGGGCGCCCUCCAAGGAGGGCAAAGAGAAGAAAGAGAAGCACAAGACCAAGACAGCCCAGCAGAUUGCCAAGGACAUGGAACGCUGGGCCCGCAGUCUGAACAAGCAAAAAGAAAACUUCAAAAACAGCUUCCAGCCCAUCAGUUCCCUGCGAGACGAUGAAAGGCGGGAGUCGGCCACCGCAGAUGCUGGCUAUGCCAUCCUGGAGAAGAAGGGAGCACUAGCUGAGAGACAGCACACCAGCAUGGACCUCCCGAAACUGACCAGUGAGGAUCGUCCAAGCCCACCUCGGGGGCUGGUGGCAGCCUACAGCGGGGAGAGUGACAGUGAGGAGGAGCAGGAGCGAGGGGGCCCAGAGCGGGAGGAGAAGCUCACUGACUGGCAGAAGCUGGCCUGUCUGCUCUGCCGGCGCCAGUUCCCCAGCAAGGAGGCGCUCAUCCGGCACCAGCAGCUCUCCGGGCUCCACAAGCAAAACCUUGAGAUUCACCGGCGAGCCCACCUAUCAGAAAAUGAACUAGAAGCACUUGAGAAGAAUGACAUGGAGCAAAUGAAGUACCGGGACCGCGCAGCUGAACGCAGAGAAAAGUAUGGUAUCCCUGAGCCACCGGAGCCCAAGAGGAGGAAGUAUGGUGGCAUGUCUGCAGCUUCCGUGGACUUUGAGCAGCCCACACGGGAUGGGCUGGGCAGUGACAACAUUGGCAGUCGCAUGCUCCAGGCCAUGGGCUGGAAAGAGGGCAGUGGCCUGGGCCGAAAGAAGCAGGGCAUUGUCACACCCAUUGAGGCCCAGACACGGGUGCGGGGCUCCGGCUUAGGAGCCCGAGGCAGCUCCUACGGGGUCACCUCAACCGAGUCCUACAAGGAGACACUGCACAAGACAAUGGUCACCCGCUUCAACGAGGCCCAGUGAGGAGCUGCAAGAGCUACUUCUAUAUCUGUUGGGUAUAGAAGUAGUCCUGCCUCAGGCAGGAGAGGAUGAAUUGUUAGAUCAUCUGAAUGGGGCUCUGCAACCAUCUACCAGCCAACUCCCCAACCAGAGAGGCCCUGACCAAGUCAGACUUUGAGUUGGUGACUUCUGUUGGAAAACUGGGCUGGAAUAUGUUCUUUUUGUAAUAAAAGCUGAAAAGUCCGCA